AUGUAUUCUCAUACAUUUAAAUUCAGUUUCACAUUGACUUAUUGACUUAUUGAAUACUUCAAGUAUUUACAUAUUAAAAUAUUUAAAUCGUCGGAAAACAAAAACACUUAAGUUAGUAGGAAUGUGGGUGCGGUAGAAGCAUAAAAAACUAUUUAAACAUUGAAAAUAUAAUUACCUGUUAUAAAAUAACUUUAGCAAAAUCUUGUGUGGUUCCUUUUCUCUAGACAGUUCAAAUAUAAUAUAAUUACUUGAAUGGUUCCUUAUUAUUGCCGUAAAAUAUUUUAAAAAUAGCACACUGGUAUCAUUUAAAGCAUUAAUUACUUCCUUACCAUCCGAUGCACACUUCCAUCUCUCUAAAUACUCACAGAUACACUUAUGUGUAGUUCGUAAUGGAACGUAUGUGGCGCAAAGUUAAUCACAGUUUCGGUGGUCGCUCAUCCAAAACAACAUCCGCUGCACAACCCGCCGACGCGACGAGUUCAGGCGGAGGCUUUUCUGACGGCAACAUUGUUGCAAUCACAGUAGCGGGAAUAACCACGGCCAGUGGAAGUAGCGCGGGUAACAUGCCUUCUAGCACGGCCACUGGUCGGCGUUUAGCCGCUAGUGGCCAGAUUCCGGUUGCAGCAACAGUUAGCGGUCAGCAAAAUCUGCCCGAGGGAAGCAAUCUAGUUUCUCAAUAUCCAAAAUCGCUGAGCCAACACGUGCUUCAUAAUAGCCAAGCAUCCUCUGACCGUCGUAGGAGGCGUCGACACAAAAGUCGCCCACGUCGAAGUGGGGUUAGCUGUGUGGGCGGAGGAGGUGGAGAUAAUAUGUCGUCAUCUGGCGGGUUUUACACAAUAAAAGAGUCUUCCGACGGCACAAUGGUUAAUCAUCGACAUCACCGCCAACCGAGGCUUUCAACGAGUCGUAUAAUGGCUACCUCAGCGCCAAGUGGCACAGUAAUGAUGUACCCAAACACAAAUUGGACGGUAGAUCCCUCACCGCAGGAAGUAACAAGCGCAGAGACAACAACAGCACCCACAGCGGCAGCCACUCCAGAUAUUUCACUGCGGCAGCGCGCUGUCGCAAAGCUGCGAAUGUUUAAUUUUCAUCUAAACUGGGAUUUGCACAUGACUCAUUGCAAACCAUGCGGCCCACGUCUUGGAGGGGGAGGCAGUGGUAAUAUUAUAAUGCGACGAUUAUGCCGAAACCGACGUCAUGAAGAUAAUGAGCUUUAUCGCUCCAAUAGUUUCAAAUUUGAAAGAUUCGAACGAAAGGAAUGCAUCGACGAAUUGACCGAUACAAUGAAAAAACAGAUUGCAAUUUGUGACGAUUACAGCUUACCAGUAGACUUUGUUAAGAAACGGCCGUCCAGUUUUGAUCCAUGUUUAGCGGAAGAUUUACAAACGAAUCACGGAAAUCGGGCUCAUCCUAGUCCACAAGCCGAAUUUAUUGCUUUGACCGAACCGAAAGAAAAUCAAAACCAAAGCCAGCAAACACAAUCUCAAGAUGUAAAAAUCUCACACCCACCACUUCCACCAGCACCAUUAUCAACUCUACCAACAAAUAAAACUAGUUUAAAUAUUCUACAAUCCGCUAUUCCAACCGACACACUUCCUUCUCAUCAACUUAUACAUAUUGACCCGCAAGCAUAUAGCACACACUCCAUUCAAUCCAACCAAUCGCAGCCACAAUUCCUUUUUCAAUCUCAUCCUCCGCUACCCAAUACAAUACGACGAGCAUCUAUUAAACUCAUCGAAGGUUACUCCGACCCUAAAGACUCCAAAGGCCAGAAAAAACUCCAUCACAAGAGAGGGAAGCGAAGGAUAAAGAAAAAUCAGCGACCUCAUCAUCAGCUGAGCGCCUCUAAAGGCCUAGAUAAAACCAAACUAUCUAAUUUCAGUUCCGAUACUUCAGGCCCUAAGUCCUCAGAUGAUGAAAAUAAUCAAUCAAAUAAGGUUCCUGAACUUAAUUCACCGGACAGUAUUUCCGAUGACCUUGUACAACCUUUACCAUCACAAUUAUAUCGCAGUCCUCGCAAACUAGCACCUGUGCUACUGGAUACAAGCAAACGAAACCCGUCGCCAUACUACUACUCUGACCUACUAAAAUCUAAAGAUAACGAAGUUGGUGCCGCAGAUAAGGAAACGAAAAAUAAAAGUCGUCAAUCUACGGUUUCUGAACCACCACAGUUGACGCAGCCAUUUAUAAAUGUGGGUCCCUAUCGCAAGAGCACAAGCCUUGACGUACCAGAAGGCAAAGAACACGACUUGAAUAAAGUCGAGCCUUUUCAAACUAACCCAAUACCGGCAGCUAAUGAGACGCCGAAGCGUUACUCAUUCACAGAGGAGGGAGUACAUAUAAUUCGCUGUGAUUCACCUACCACAUCGACUUCAGAAGAAUCAGACUGCAGUGAAUGUCAAAAACGGCGACAGUGGCAUGCAAAAGCUUUGGCUCUAGUUCGAAAAACCUGUAAUAUACAACCAAUCACCGUUAACGAAAACUCAAAUACUUGCAGUUAUCAAACAGAAGAAACAAAGACUUUGCAAAUUGCGGAAGAUAAUUCGUCGAUGCCGCCUCAUAAACUGUUCGGCCCGGCAAUUUGCGCCUGCGUUGCACCGACAAUUGGGGACGAUAUUGACGAAUUUUUUCGACCACGUAGUAUAUUCUAUGUCCAUCCACAUGGCGUGCAUGAAUGCUCAGACUGUGUCCCAGAUGUGAGUAAUUUAUCAUCCUCUGGAAACGUAUUGCAUGAGCAGGGUUCAAAUCAAUUAACUAGAACGAUUACUGGAGAGGACGACGAAGAAAUGUCUGGCCGUACGCGACAAUUAUAUGAGACAGCGUUCGACUGUAAAAUAGCAAAAUCGGACGACGAUCUUGAUGAGGUGGAUCGUAUAACAAACCACUCUGUAUUAUUUCCCUCAAACAGUGGCAGUGGGGCGGUCACAAGGACUGAAACCCGUUCAACGAAAUCCAGUCAUAUGAAAUCUCGACUUGAAGGCAAAAGACUAAAAAACUCGAAAAACCACGCUAUACAAGAACAAAGCAGCAACUCAGGUGGAAAUGCAAGUGGAAGUGGUUCGCCACUUUCGGCUCCUCCCGCAGAAGUUGAUGCUAAAAAUAAUACUGAAUUGCCAAGUAAUGUUUCUAGCAUCACAACUGGCAUUGAAAAAGUUCAAAUCCAAGGUCAAACUGUUGACCAACAAACAGCAAAUGCAGCAUCGACCUCUACAUCGCAAUUACCAAUUCUUGGAUAUACGCCAUCUCCCCCGUCAACUGCUCCAUUACCAAUUAAAUUUCCGGGAAAACAUGAUCGUUUUCUAAUGAAUAGCAUAAAAAGUGCUCCCAACUUGCCGUCUUCAAAUCCAGCCCAUCCACGAUUACGUGACUUACGUCUUCCAUUACAGUCUUCUUUGCGCCAGCAACAUCAGCAUGCUUCGUCAAUAGGUACCAGUAAUGAGAACAGUCUCACCGACAGCGCUUAUGUAAAUCCACCAUCUUCGACGUCACGCAACAUUCACAAUAUUCCACCAUCGAAUAGUUCUAGAGCUCGUGAUAGGCCACGGUCUUUUAUUAUUGAAUCGGGGCGAGUAUUAGAAUUACGAAAAAGCCACGUCUCCCACCGCCACCAUGUGGGAAAUGACGGUCGAAGGGCACAUAAUUACUCAUCGACCGAAAGCAUUGCCACAUCGAGUAGUGGUGGCAGCAUGGAAUCUUUGCGCUCGAGCACCAGUGAAGGAAACCGAAGUACUUCCAGUUCAGAGUCAAGGAACUCAACCUCGUUGAGUUCACAUAGCUCUGAAUCUGGUAGCUCGAGCGUCGCGCUCCCACUGCGAGCACCCGUUGUUGUUCACUCUAAAUUACAUAUCUUAAGUCCAAUCUCAGACAAGUCUUCCCAAGAACCAGCUUCGGAAUUGUCCGAACAAAAUAAAACUCAACACACCUCCCCCGAGGAAGUUACACAACUGGCCCAAUUGACCCAUACACAACAACAACAAACAAGCUCCCACGUUUUAACAUCAAACGCCGAAACUAACAGACCGUUACAGCCAACGCAAACGGAUAUACUAAAAAAGAAGAAACCUCCACCCAAUAAGACGCUGCUUCAUUUAGCCGAUGAAAUAAUCGGUUCAGAUAGUGGCAUAUCACUCCAUUCGAGAGAGGACUCUAAAUUAAGUGCCGUGACGCAAAAGUUUACGCUUCCCAAGCUUAACUUCCCACAGUCGGACAAAGCAAAUGAAAGCAGCACAAGCGCUGCUAUAGCAGUUGUAAAUUCAUCCGGUGCUCCCCAAGAUUUACACGAUUUACCUUUUGAUAUGCCAAAAUUAAGGCGAAAAAAGAAUCUACAACAGGAAGCAUGUACUUCCGGUAGUGCAACAUCCGUAGAUUUGGGUGACUUACCAUUCGAUAUGCCAAAGCUCAGAAGGCGACUACGCACGAAUCAAAUAGAAAUAGGAAUUUUAUCGCAUAGUACAGAAUCAAGUGGCUUGUCACAAGCAUCUUCCAGCCAUUCAAUGAGGGAUGAAAACAAAAUCUCCAUGAAGUUGAACUGUGCGUUAUUUCGCCAAAAUUUAACUUUAAACCUAAAUGAGCCGCGCCAAACCAGUAAAUUCGGUAGUCUUGAUUUACGGGGCCUUGCGUCCAAUAAGGAACUUAAUCUCAACAUCGCGCAGGGCUAUACAUCGGCUGUGGAUUUGAUAGAUAUUUCCAUACCACUUGAGCGACAAGGCUGGUAUCACGGUGCCAUCACCAGGAUUGAGGCGGAAAACACUCUGCGGCCCCUCACAGAAGGAAGUUUUCUUGUGCGCAACUGUGAGUCUACCAAACAGGACUAUUCACUCUCAUUAAAGGGUGCCAAAGGAUUCAUGCAUAUGCGCAUCCAACGCAACGAUACCGGCCAAUAUAUUUUGGGUCAAUUCAGUCGUCCUUUUGAAGCAGUUCCCGACAUGAUACGGCAUUUUUGUUUGAAUCGCUUGCCAGUGCGAGGAGCGGAGCACAUGUGUUUAAUUGAGCCAGUUAUAGUUCAGCUGUUAUAGGCUUUUCUACUAGAUUUGCACACAUAAUAUCCGGUUACUUAGAAGUGAAUCGUUGUAGGUACACGCACUAUAUAAAUAUGUACCUACAUAACAUGAAUACAAAAAAUGUACAAGUAUUUUACCAAUAAAAAUGUAGAAACAGAGAAA